AUGAGUUAUGACACUAAGACAAAUAAUUGUUAUAGCAAUUUAAAUGACAUUUUGAUAGUAAAUGGCAAAAUAACGUCCAAAGAUUUGGUAAUAGGAAUCAUCUUUUUGUCACAAACUGUCAUUGGUGUCACAGGCAAUUUCUUUCUUCUUUACCGUUAUAUUUUUGCUUUCCACAAUGAAAGGAAAUUAAGACCCACAGAUGUGAUUCUGAAGCACCUGUUUGUAGCCAACUCCUUAGUUCUUCUUUCUAAAGGAAUUCCUAGAACAAUAGCAGCAUUUGGGUUGAAACAAUUCUUCAAUGAUACUGUGUGCAGAUAUCUGUCAUAUAUUGAGAGAGUGGGCAGGAGUGUGUCCAUUGGUACCAUCUGCCUCUUGAGUGUCUUCCAAAACAUCAUCAUCAGCCCCACGAACCCCUGUUGGAAAGAUGUUAAAGAUAAAGCUCAAGAGUAUAUUUGCUUCUGCACUUUCCUCUGCUGGAUCCUAACUAUGGUUGUCAUUUCAAUUAUUCCUCUGUAUGCAUUGCAUUUGAAUGCAGAAGGUUAUGACAACAUUACAAAGAAAAUCAAUAUAGGAUUCUGUUGUGUUGUUGACUAUAGAGCACUCAUGGGCUCAAUCUACAUAGCAUUAGUAGUUUUUCCAGAAGUUUGUUUUUCUCUGCUUAUAGUCUGGGCCAGCAGCUCUAUGAUUUUCAUCCUACACAGACACAAGCAAAGGGUUCAACAUAUUCGUGUCACUAAUGCGUCCUUAAGAUCUCCUGAGUCCAGAGCCACACGUAGCAUCCUUUUCCUGGUGAGCACCUUCAUAUCUUUUUACACUCUGUCUUCACUCCUUCGAAUUUCUGCCAUUAUAGUUUCUGAUCUCAGUUCAUGGUUGGAGAGUACUGAUGAAGUAGUUGCUUUGUGUUUUCCAACUACCAGUCCCUUUUUGAUCUUAUCCCAACAUUCAUCUAUAUUAAUGCACUGCUUUUCUUGCAGAAAAAAACACAUAACCACUCUAAUCUUUACGUAA